CCUCUGCAUUUGACCCAUCCUAGUUACUUAGGAGCAGUGGGCAGCUGCAGUGCAGCGCCCGGGGACCAACUCCAGUUCUGAGGCCAGUGCAACUUCAGGAGUGCACCUAACAAGCAUGUCUUUGAGUGUGGGACGAAACCGGAGUACCUGGAGUAAACCCACGCGAACACGGGGAGAACAUGCAAACUCCACGCAGAGAGGAUCCGGUCAGAUCCGGAUUCGAACCCGGAACCUCCUUCUUGCGAGCGGGGGACCUACAUGAAGUGGGUGUGGUCUGGUGGUCUGAGGACGAAUCCUUCAGACCCUCGCAUGAGAAGGGGGGCAGAGUGGUCCCAGUUCCCAUUGUAGCGCCCUGCCCUUUUGCCCACCCCUUACUCCACCCUCUCCCCCUGAAAAACAACCCACUGCACCACCCCAUCCUCCCCGAGUCUCAAAGAUGGACAGCAAAGUUAAUAACCCGCCAGGCUGUCACUACAACGAGACUGUUGAGUUCUUCUACAACCACAGCGGCAAGCUGAUCAGCCCAACAUGGCGAAAGCGCGACUUUCUGGUGGUCGGCUUGGGGUUGACCGUCUGCAUCAUCGUCAUCCUGGCCAACAUCCUGGUCAUGACUGCCAUCAUCAUCAAUCGCCGAUUCCACUUCCCCAUCUACUACCUGCUGGGUAACCUGGCGGCGGCCGACCUCUUCGCCGGAAUCUCCUACCUGUACCUGAUGUUCCACACGGGGCCCUGGACCGUGAAACUGAAAAAGCAGGAGUGGUUCAUCCGCCAGGGGCUCAUCGACACCAGCCUGACCGCGUCGGUGGUCAACCUCCUGGCGGUGGCGGUGGAGCGCCACCAGACCGUCUUCACCAUGCAGCUGCACAGCACCAUGACCAACCAGCGGGUGGUCCUGCUGAUCGUGGGGAUCUGGGGGUUGGCGAUCAUCAUGGGCCUGGUGCCCACCAUGGGCUGGCACUGCAUCUGCGACCUGGAGGGCUGCUCCACCAUGGCGCCCAUGUACAGCCGAACCUACAUGGUCUUCUGGGCGGGGCUCAACCUGCUCACCUUCUCCAUCAUGGUGGCGGUGUACACGCGCAUCUUCAUCUAUGUGCGGCACAAGAGCCACCGCAUGUCACAGCACACCACCCAGGUGCGCCACAGGCAGACCGUCAUCAACCUGAUGAAGACCGUCUCCAUGAUUCUGGGUGCGUUUGUGAUUUGCUGGACCCCGGGGUUGGUGGUUCUGCUGCUGGACGGGCUGGACUGUGUGAGCUGCAAGGUGCUGAAUUAUGAGAAGUACUGCCUGGUCCUGGCCGAGUGCAACUCGCUGAUGAACCCCAUCAUCUACUCGUACCGCGACAAGGACAUGCGCCGCACCUUCAAGCGCAUCCUGUGCUUCCUGUGCAGACGGUCCUCCGACCAGGAGGGGGAGCAGUCCGGCGUGCACUUCAACACCCUGGAGCAGGAGAAUCACAAUCGUGAAACAGACUCGGCAAAGAACGGGAAUAACGGCGCCCAGCUCUUAGCUUUGCAGAAUAGCGGCGAGCCCCUUCCUUCAUGAGGGGAGAUUGACGGGCAGAGGGCGGAGCCAAGACAGACAGCCUCCUGAACUCCGCCCCCUCACAAUCUUGAUUGGACUGUUGUGGUGUCUGCUGUGUAUUUGAAUGCCUCUUCUAUGUGUGUGUGUGUGCGUGUGUGUGUGUGCACGUUUGUAAGUCCAAGUGCAACACAAGAGGGUGAAAGUGCUUGUUGUCUACAUUUUAAAAUAUAUUUUUUGGACUUGGAAAAUCUAUAUUCUUGUUCCUAACGUGUGUGAGUGGGUCACAGCAGGUACUGCACACACACAAACAAGCUCAAAUUCGGUUGGACAGAGGAGAAGCUCAGUGUUGAAGUGUUGCUUCUUUCUCUAACUUCCUAGACAUUUAUGUCUAACGACAACCAUUUCUGAAUGAAGUUCGCUUGUUACCGUGUAUUGUGAUUUCCAUAUCCCAAAGCUACAUCUGGUUCCAGAAACUGAGAGAUUUCCCAAGAUUCCUUUGCAACUAAUUGACCCCAGCUGCUGAGCAACAGCAUGCACCACCAAUCUGCAAUGUACACAAGUGCAUGGUGCAUUCCUUUAUUACUAUAGUGUUCUGGGUUGGGCGCUGGGCUUGUAGAUUCCCCAGCUAAUACAAAACGUUCUCACAACUUUGCUGGAAAUGCAGUGGCAAUGUUAUAACAUUGGCAAAAAAAACGUUCUAGUAACAUUGUGAGAACAUUUUCUGUUAGCCGGGAGGUUGCAAGUUCAGUUCCCAGGUGGGACACUGCAGUACUCUGCCUGAAUUGUUUUGGACAAGCGUGUCAGCUCAGUGUCAGAAUGCAGUUUAGGGAAAGUGAGAGAACGGACGAAAGGAAUCGGCUCCUUCUCCCUCUCUUACUGCACCUGUACCCUCACCUGCUGCCUCUUUUUCUUGCCAGUUAAUCUUUUUUUUUCUAUUUAUGAAAAAAGGGGAGAAAAAAACUUUCUGAUCAUUCCACAACUAUGUGCAGAGUGAUCAGCUGGUUAGUCUUUCCACUUCUCCAAAUGACUCUGGGGCUUCUUGACUAGCCGGCAGUCUUAUUGCACUGUAUCCACUGACCAGAGGAGGCGCUAGCUUGCUCCAGCACACUGGUUUUGUGUGAAACGCUCAACGAUAUUUGGCAAGAUCCAUUCUGCCAUUCUCCGGACCAAAUUUAUAGAAAAAAACAAACAUUGCAGUUAUAAAAUACCAAUGACAUUACUUAAUAUAUUAGUAAUUACAUAAAAUAAAUGAGCUUAAUACCCUUUUCUGUUAGGGUGGUUGGGGAAACUACACAUGAAAGGGCACUUCAUUGAAAGCACCCAGUUUAUCAUAUAAUAGGAGGGGAUAUUUUGACUGUCUGUGUGAUGGUUGUAUCCCCAGAUUCUUAGAUCAAAGUUUUCCUGCAAAGAUAAAAGCAAAAUGAGCCAGCAUACUGCACUGCAAAAGCCAAACAAAAAAGUCUGUCUUAAACAUUUUCAUCUUAAAAUGACUUAAAAUUUUAUUUUUCCACCAAAGAAGAAAAUCUUUUCUUGCUUCAAAUUACUUUUUGCUUGAUGUGAAAUUGGCUUUCCCCAUUGGAAAAUCUUGAAAUGAGUCAAACAGUCCCACCUCAUUAGCAAUAUUUUCUGGCUUACUUUACCAUAAAAAGUAAUAGAAAUAAGACUUUAAGUCUAAAUGUAAGACUAAAAUACUUGUGUGACUAUUUUUUUUGGUUUUUGCAGUGUGCAACUGUAUGGUUCUAUGGGAUAGUUCACUAUAAGGGUUUUAUUUUUUACUUUCAACAUACAGUGUUUCAGGUGGCUGUACAUGUAAGCAUAUUAAUAUUAUAGUGUUUACUCACGAUUGUAAGCAUAAAUGUAUAAAUAAAUUAAUGUUUUUUAUUA